AUGGCUACUGAAGAGGAGCCUCUGGCCGUCACCAUCUCCGUGCACCUCUCAGCCUCGCUUUCUAUCUGUGGAUCGCUGUUGUUCUUGUGGCUCUACUGGCGCACCGAGAAGCGCCACAUCCACUUGUACCUGACUAUCCUGCUAUGGAUGUGUGUAUCGGACCUCGGAUCAUCCACGGGGUACAACAUCGGGUCUUCAGUUAUCGACCAAGAAGGGUUGUGUAUCUUUCAAG